GUUUUAAAACAAUGUUCUUUGUCUGACACCUGAAGGAUAUAAUAUAAGUCCGAGAACAUAUGGUAAAUUCAUUAUCAAUAUCUAAAUCGAUAUGCGAUUGGUUGAUCUUAACUUGGGCUUGAAAAGCGUGUUUCAAUGGCUACGCUAGCAAGUUUGCCAAUUUAGCUAGCUAGCUAACAAAACUCAAAUUGGCACGUUUUCAGGUUCCUGACGUGCCGUGUUUUACUAAUUUAAGAAGUCUUCCAAGGAGGCUACCUGGCUUCAAUAUGAAAACCCCAGUGAGCGUGUCGCGCCUGCCCAGAGGACCUGACCCGAACAGUCGUGGUUUUGACCCCAGCUCCCCCCGCUAUAUCGCGCUGUGUCAUACAACAGGAACGGAUGCCGUCCACGUUGAGGAGGAGCAGCGAUUGCGCACGGAGCUGAGAGAGCGAUUUCUUCGGAGUCUUAUUUUGAUGAGCAACAAGGAGGUUUACUUCAGCAUGUACGAAAGAGUCCAAGUUCAGGCGAAAUUUGGAGCCUCUGACAUAGAUAUACUGAAUUUUCAGGUGUCAGAUUUGCAGACUCCGCUUGGUGUGCAAAAAGAAGCAAUACUCAGGUGCCAGGAUAUAAUCUCUUACUCUUUUGACUUAUGAUAUGACUAUAUAUAUUUUGCGUCAUCUAGUUCGUUCUUUAUGUAUGUUGUUGGUUUUCAUGCAAUAAUUGUUCCGUUAGGGAGAUAUGCCCAAGUGUAGCAAAUUAGGUAUGCCACAAGGGGGCGGUAGAACCACGAAAAAUACUGCAAAGUGACUGGAGUUUGUCACUGUUUACUUUGAAAGAGAGAGGUGCAGAGAAAAAGGCAAGGAAACAUGUGCAGGUGGAUCUCCAACAGAACUGUCUGGGAAUAUUUCACUCUUGGUCUGCAGUAUGAUUAAUAGUCUCACUUGGAUUGUUUGCUACUGGUUGUUUUUCAUGUAAUCUGUUUUUCACUG